CAGGAAAAGGGUGUGACAAUUUUGCUGUCUCUCACCCUCCCUUCCGGGAACUGGUAGAUUAACUCACAUCACCCUGUGCUCACCUAUUGCAGGGCUAUGCUCCUGGGAUUGUAACAAAAAUAACAAAUUCAGCUAUAUUUACCACAGCAAAGACCGGCUUCUUAAGCCCUCACAAUAAGCACUUCAGCACCUGCCAAGCCGAGAGACAAGCGCCAUGGUGUUGGUUACAGACGCUUCCAAUGACCUCACUCCAGAGGAACAGCAAGAAUUGGAGAACAUUCAGCGCAGAAAGCAGGAAUUGCUUGCUGACAUCCAGCGGCUGAAAGAAGAAAUAGCAGAGGUUACAAAUGAAAUUGAAAACCUGGGAUCGACAGAGGAAAGGAAGAACAUACAAAAGAGCAAACAAGUAAAUAUGGGAAGAAAGAAGUUUAACAUGGAUCCUAAAAAGGGCAUACAAUUCCUGAUUGAAAAUGACCUGCUGAAGAAUACAUGCGAAAACAUUGCACAGUUUUUGUACAAAGGUGAAGGACUUAACAAGACAGCUAUAGGUGACUACCUUGGAGAACGAGAUGAUCUCAACCUCCGUGUUUUACAUGCCUUUGUGGAGCUUCAUGAAUUCAUGGACCUUAACCUGGUGCAGGCACUUCGCCAAUUCCUGUGGAGCUUCCGUUUACCUGGGGAAGCUCAGAAAAUAGAUCGUAUGAUGGAGGCCUUUGCACAGCGUUACUGUCAAUGCAAUCCUGGUGUCUUUGAGUCUACAGACACAUGCUACAUUCUAUCAUUUGCCAUAAUUAUGCUCAAUACCAGCCUGCACAAUCCUAACGUCAAGGACAAACCUACCGUAGAAAGAUUCAUUGCCAUGAACCGGGGCAUUAACAAUGGAGGAGAUUUGCCUGAGGACCUGCUGAGGAAUUUGUACGAUAGUAUAAAGCAUGAACCAUUUAAGAUUCCAGAGGAUGAUGGAAAUGACCUUACUCACACUUUCUUCAACCCAGACCGAGAAGGAUGGCUUCUAAAACUAGGAGGGGGUCGUGUUAAGUCGUGGAAAAGACGUUGGUUCAUUUUGACUGACAAUUGCCUCUACUACUUUGAAUACACAACGGACAAGGAACCCAGGGGGAUCAUUCCUUUAGAAAAUCUUAGCAUUCGGGAGGUAGAAGAUUCCAAGAAAACGAACUGCUUUGAGCUUUAUAUCCCGGAUAACAAGGACCAGGUCAUCAAGGCAUGUAAAACUGAAUCAGAUGGCCGCGUGGUGGAAGGAAACCACACAGUAUAUCGAAUCUCUGCUGCCUCUUGUGAAGAAAUGGAUGAAUGGAUGAAAUGUAUCAGGGCUGCCAUAAGCAGAGAUCCGUUUUAUGAGAUGCUGGCUGCACGCAAGAAGAAAGUCUCCUCCAUCAAGAGGACAUGAAAAAAAUGAAAAGAAGAAUAUUUUUCAAAAAAGGGAAUCUUAAACUUUUUCGAUGAUUAUGUCCACAGAAAUCUUCAUGCAUAAAUGGAGAAGAAUUGAUUUGAUGAUCCCACAGUUCAAGCCUUGACUGCUGUAAUCUGUGCCCUGCAGGAGACCCAUGCAGCUAAAGAUUCUCUUGUUUUUAUGUAUAAAGGUAUGGGAUCUAUUACCCAGAAUGCUUGGAUGCUUUCUGAAUAAGGGAGAUCACCUCACUUAGGAUCUACCCAAAAUAUGCACAUUAACCAAACAAAUUAAUCAGCACUUUUGGAUUGGAGACAUAGUUACAAUCAUUUUCUCAUCAACAUGGAUUAAGACUGGAUUAUGUAACCUAAGUAUGGUACGAGAUAUUGUAAUAUUCCACUGAAAAGUCAAAUAAGCAAAAAAAUGUUUAUUUAAAAAAGGUCACUCAGGGAAAUGACAUUGACUUGACUCUCUGCAUUAUUUUUUGUAAUGCUUCACUCUAUCUGAACCUGCAUAUUUUUCUCACAUCCCUGUUAGAACCAAUACCAAGUUUAGGGCUGUGGAUUUUUGCUAUAAAAUUCUGCAGUCUUUAUAUUAAAAAUAUAGUAUUUGAAGAUAAUGAAAAUAAUUUUGCUUUUAGCUAAGAUCUAAUACAAGGUUUCUUACACAGGUAACGUACAACAGUGUAUUGCCUAUAUAGCUUAUUAAGUAGAUACUAUCAUUACUUUUGACUCUACGUUUUAAAAAGGGAAGUUCACAUUCCAGUUGUUUUUCAUUUUUAGUUUUUAUGUUUCUUCAAUUGCUAGCUUUCCUGGUCUUCCUCUUUAUUUCUUUAUUUCUUGCAGCUGAAAUGCCAUCUGGUUAUCGGGGUCACUGACCCCUGUAACUUGAAAAAAGGCCUUGUUUGGACAUGAAACAUUGUUUGUUGUCAGAGAUAUGAGCCAUGUGAUACCAACAAAGCCUUUUUAAAUUUGAUUCCUGGAUGGUGCUGUGACUUCAACCAUCACUGCAACCAAAAAAACAGCACCAUGUGCCUU